CUGAAUACACUAUUAUUUUCUCUAUCUCGUUUAACCAAAAAAAAAAAAAAAACUGAUUUGGAUUUGUCAUUUGUCCAUAGGGAAAAAAAAAACCAAGAAAAAGAAAUAGAAGAAGCAAAAACAUCGAGCGUCUUCAGAGAUUAGGAUUAAAUUAGGGCAUAACCCUUAUCGGAGAUUGAAGCCAUGGGAAGAAGAAAAAUCGAGAUCAAGCGAAUCGAGAACAAAAGCAGUCGACAAGUCACUUUCUCCAAACGACGCAAUGGUCUCAUAGACAAAGCUCGACAACUUUCGAUUCUCUGUGAAUCCUCCGUCGCUGUUGUCGUCGUCUCUGCCUCCGGAAAACUCUACGAGUCUUCCUCCGGUGACGACAUUUCCAAGAUCAUUGAUCGUUAUGAAAUACAACAUGCUGAUGAACUUAAAGCCUUAGAUCUUGCAGAAAAAAUUCAGAAUUAUCUUCCACACAAGGAGUUACUAGAGACAGUCCAAAGCAAGCUUGAAGAACCAAAUGUCGAUAAUGUAAGAGUAGAUUCUCUAAUUUCUCUGGAGGAACAACUCGAGACUGCUCUGUCCGUAAGUAGGGCUAGGAAGGCAGAACUGAUGAUGGAGUAUGUGAAGUCCUUAAAAGAAAAGGAGAUGUUGCUGAGAGAAGAGAACCAGGUUCUGGCUAGCCAGAUGGGGAAGAAUACGUUGCUGGCAAUAGAGGAUGAGGGAGGAAUGUUGCCGGAAAGUAGCUCCGGCAACAAAAUACCGGAGACUCUCCCGCUGCUCAAGUAACCACCAUCGUCAACGGCUUGAGUUUUCCACCUUAAACUCAACGCCUGAUUCAGAAUGAAGAAAACAUAUUUGUAAAUUUAUAAAAAGCUGUAUAAUCUCAAACCUUUAAUCUUCCUCUAGUGUGGAAUUAAAGGUUAAAAAACUCGAUAAAGUAUGGAUCGUUGUUGUACCUUCCUUCAGAGACAAGAUCAGAGUUCAUGUGUUUGUGUUUGAAUGUACGGAUUGGAUUUAAAGUUCUGCUUUCUUCAGCGUGAA